AUGGACUUCUCUCUGGGCCUACGCCUGGGGCCUCGCAACAAGAAGGCUGCCCACCAAGAGUCCCCUACUCCUUCCAGGCAUGGUCCACCAGCUGCCUCUCCUUGUCUAUCCUGCCCCCCCUCUGCCUGUACUUUCCCCUGCCCUGGCUGUCCCCCUCCCACCUGCUCCUGCACUGCCUGUCCCUCUUACACAGCUCCCUGCCCCUCCUGUCCCAGCCUCCCUGGUCCACCCUGCACCUGCUCUUGCCCUCCCUGCCCUGCUUGUCCACCCUUGACUUGUCCCCAUACUUCCUGUGUCCCAUGCUCCGGUCCACCGCUAGCCUGCUGCCACCCCUCACCUUGCCCCAUUUACCCUUGCUCCAGGGGCCGAGCUGCUUGUUUGAGCUCCUGCAUGGGCUGUAGUGACAGCUGCGGCUGUGGCCAAGGAGCUGCCUGGGGGCCUCUAGGCUCCACUGGCUGUUGCAGCUGCUGCUUCAGGGGACAACGCACUUCUCGGGGGCGCUGUCUGAUAGUGUAG